AUGGCGAUUGCAGAAGUACCCUCCCGGGGUUCUGAGUUGGAGGGUACAGAGGUACUCUCUGAAGGUGAAUUCACACACUGCAAUAAUCCUAGUCCUAAUCAGAGUGCAGAUGGUUUUUUACAUCUUCUUCAAAAUCAAAGAAGCCACGUGGGAGAUUUAUGUUCUGAAUGUGGGAAAUGUUUUUUUAAGAAAUCACAUCUUCUUAAACAUCUAAAAAUUCAUAAAGGAGAAAAUCCAUUUUCUUGUUCUAUAUGUGGGAAGUGUUUUAACCGUAAAAAAAUUCUUGUUGCUCAUAAGAAAAUUCAUACAGGAGAAAAAGGAUUUUUAUGUUCUGACUGUGGGAAAUAUUUUACUGGGAAAUCACAUCUUAUUGCUCAUCAGAAAAUUCACACAGGAGAGAAAGCAUUUUCUUGUUCUGACUGUGGGAAAUGUUUUACUCAGAAAUCAAAUCUUAUUAAGCAUCACAAAAUUCAUACAGGAGAAAAACGAUUUUCAUGUUCUGACUGUAGGAAAUGUUUUACUCAAAAAUCAGAUCUUAUUAGGCAUCAAAAAAUUCAUACAGGAGAAAAGGGAUUUUCAUGUUCUGACUGUGGGAAAUGUUUUACUCAGAAAUCAUAUCUUAUUAUUCAUCAAAAAAUUCAUACAGGAGAGAAAGAUUUUUCAUGUUCUGACUGUGGGAAAUAUUUUACUCACAAAUCAAAUCUUAUUACUCAUCAGAAAAUUCACACAGGAGAGAAAGCAUUUUCUUGUUCUGACUGUGGAAAAUGUUUUACUCAGAAAUCACAUCUUAUUAGCCAUCAAAAAAUUCAUACAGGAGAAAAAGGAUUUUUAUGUUCUGACUGUGGGAAAUGUUUUAAUCACAAAACAAAUCUUAUUAAGCAUCAAAAAAUUCAUACAGGAGAAAAAGGAUUUUCAUGUUCUGACUGUGGGAAAUGUUUUACUCAGAAAUCAGAUCUUAUUAGGCAUCACAAAACUCAUAUUAAAAUAAAUCAGAGUUUUACCUCCUAA